AUAUCGCGGACCACUACGAAGCGCUCGCAAAAGUAACUGUGAGAACGCCGGUACCAGACCGGUAUUAUAACGUUAAUAGCUAACAGCAGUGUUAAAAAUAACUUUGCCACGGUACCUUUUUCAGUCAAUAUUUAGUUGUUGAUAUAAAAAUGUCUGUAAACGCUAACGACAACCUAUCAGCUGUCCUUUAUGGAAUUAACGAUCUUAGAUUGGAGCAAAGACCUAUUCCAGUCCCGAAAGAUGACCAGGUACUCUUGCAAAUGGAAGUAGUUGGUAUCUGUGGUUCCGAUGUGCACUAUCUGGUAAACGGCCGAAUUGGGCCAUUCGUAGUAACACAGCCUAUGGUUAUUGGUCAUGAGGCAUCUGGAACCGUCGUUAAAGUAGGCAAAAAUGUUACCAACCUUGUACCUGGAGAUAAAGUGGCCAUCGAACCUGGUGUACCAUGCAGACUUUGCAAUUUCUGUAAAAGUGGAGACUACCAUUUAUGCCCCGACAUUUUCUUCUGUGCGACGCCACCCGAUGAUGGUAACCUUAGCAGAUAUUAUGUACAUGCUGCUGAUUUCUGUUACAAGCUUCCACCCAACAUGGACUUGGAAGACGGUGCUCUUAUGGAACCACUUUCUGUAGGAGUUCACGCCACAAAAAGGGGAAAGGUUAGGGUAGGAGAUGUAGUACUUAUUCUUGGAGCUGGACCUAUCGGUCUUGUAACCCUAUUGUCUUGUAAAGCUAUGGGAGCCUCUAAAAUUAUUGUAGCAGAUAUGAUAGAGACAAAGCUUGCUACAGCCAAGGAACUUGGAGCAUUGACCCUAAAAAUUCAACCAGGUCAAAAUGAAGAUGAAAUCAUAGAAAAUAUUAAAAAAAUCUUGGGCGGUGAUCCGAAUAAAACCUUUGACUGCACUGGGGCUGAGCAAUGCGUCAGAAUCGCUUGUAAAGUUACGAAAAGCAAAGGCAUUGUGGUAUUAGUAGGAAUGGGUAAAAUGGAACAAACUCUACCAUUAGCUAGUGCUAUUAUCCGUGAGGUUGAUAUUAGAGGAACUUUUAGAUACAAUAACGAUUACCAAACGGCUAUUGACAUGGUAGCAUCUGGAAAAAUCAGUGUAAAGCCUUUAAUUACUCACCACUUUAAAAUGGAGGACACCCUAAAAGCAUUUAACACUGCUAAAACUCAAGAGGGAAAUCCAAUCAAGAUUUUGAUCCAUGCCAACCCCAACUGGACACCAUCAUAAUGAUGGAAUAAAAGAAAAAACUUUUUAUAUACAUUAUUUUGUAUAUCUCCCAAAAAACACAUAUUGUGCUUUGCAACUAAAUCAAGAUAAUUAUGUUUAUUGUUGUCAGUUUUGUUAUUGUUGGUAAACCUUAAGUAUUUGCUGAUACAUUAAAUUGUUAUUUGUUAAUAAAUGUUUUUUGUGAA